UGUAGGAGAGCGAGAGGCUUGAACUUCCUGUGCAAUCUCAGUUCACCCGUUUUACAUAUACAGGAAGAUUUUCGGAGCUGCAAAGUGAGAGGGGAGUGUUUGGUCAUUUAAAGAGAAAUUCCCCCGUACAUAAACUGUAAAUGCGGAUUGUUUACAUCAGUCGGUCGAGUCGGAGAAGCCAUUCCUUCUUUCCCUCCUCCCUUCGCACACUGUGGCGGUGGCGCGACUCCCCCUCACCGCAGAUAGUGUCAGUGGAGCUGGCCAUGGGGCCCUGAUACAGCCCGGGCCCUGACUGAGGUUCUGCGUUGCAUCAGAAAAGGAACAAUUAUUGAUGCACGAUUCACUUCCCUGACUACUGCAUCAACCAAGAGUGACUACAAGAGGAAAGAUAGAAGAUUUUGAACUGCAAUAUUAUUUCAAGAUAAUUGCAUGAUCUGAUAUUCGAGGGAGUGUGUUGAUGUGCUGACCAAAUUGAUCGAGAUUAUUAUGGCUGUUCUAAAACUCGUCGAACAGCCUCCUCUGGUCCAGGCCGUCUUCAAUGGAGACCCUGAGGAGAUACGCAUGCUCAUCUACAAAUCGGAAGACAUCAACGCUCUGGAUGCAGAGAAGCGCACCCCGCUCCAUGCUGCAGCCUUCCUGGGUGAUGCUGAGAUCACUGAGCUUCUUAUCCUCUCCGGGGCGCGGGUCAACGCCAAAGACAGUAUGUGGCUCACACCUCUCCACCGUGCGGUGGCAUCCUGUAGUGAGGAGGCGGUUCGUGUGCUGAUCCGUCACUCUGCUGAUGUGAACGCGCGGGAUAAGAACUGGCAGACGCCGCUUCACGUUGCCGCUGCCAACAAGGCCCUGCGCUGCGCUGAGGUCAUCAUCCCGCUGCUGAGCAGCGUCAAUGUGUCGGACCGCGGGGGGCGCACCGCCCUGCAUCACGCUGCCCUCAACGGGCACACCGAGAUGGUUAACCUGCUGCUGGCUAAGGGAGCCAACAUCAAUGCCUUCGAUAAGAAAGAUGGCCGCGCCCUGCACUGGGCGGCUUAUAUGGGACAUCUGGAUGUAGUGUGUCUGCUUGUCAGCCAGGGGGCAGAGGUCAGCUGUAAGGACAAGCGGGGUUACACCCCCCUACACACGGCCGCUUCUAAUGGUCAGAUCGCUGUCGUCAAACACCUGCUCAACCUGGCUGUGGAGAUAGAUGAGACCAAUGUGUUUGGUAACACGGCUCUGCACUUGGCCUGUUUCAACGGUCAGGAUGCUGUGGUCAGUGAGCUGAUAGACUACGGAGCUAACGUCAGCCAGCCCAACAACAAGGGUUUCACCCCCUUGCACUUUGCUGCAGCCUCCACCCACGGAGCCCUCUGUCUGGAGUUCCUGGUCAACAACGGGGCUGACGUCAACGUCCAGAGUCGGGAUGGGAAGAGCCCCCUCCACAUGACAGCGGUCCACGGCCGCUUCACUCGCUCCCAGACACUCAUCCAGAAUGGUGGGGAGAUCGACAGUGUGGACAAGGAAGGGAACACUCCUCUUCACAUUGCUGCUCGCUAUGGUCACGAGCUCCUCAUUAACACACUCAUCACCAGCGGAGCUGACUGCACAAGACGAGGGGUCCAUGGUAUGUUUCCUCUGCACCUGGCUGCUAUGAAUGCCCACUCAGACUGCUGCCAGAAGCUGCUCUCCUCAGGCUUCCAAAUCGACACCCCAGAUGCACUGGGGAGGACCUGUCUACACGCUGCCGCCGCCGGGGGUAAUGUGGAGUGUGUGAAGUUGCUUCUGAGCAGUGGUGGGGACCACAACCGGAGGGACAAGUGUGGCAGGACCUCUCUCCACUAUGCGGCAGCCAGUCGUCACUACCAGUGCCUGGAGACCCUUGUGUCGUGUGGGACCUGCAUUAAUGCCACUGACCAGUGGGGGCGCUCUGCUCUACACUACGCUGCUGCCUCCGACCUGGACAGAAGGCGACGUCAGGCUCUGGAGCCAGAGAGUGAAGGGGUGCAGGCAGAGAAGGAGAAAGAGGCUGCACUAUGUCUAGAAUUCCUUUUGCAAAGUGGUGCUACUGCCUCUCUGAAGGAUAAGCAGGGCUACAGUCCUGUCCACUAUGCUGCAGCCUAUGGCCACAGACACUGCCUGGAGCUGCUGUUGGACAGAGACGAGAGUCACCAGGAGCCCCCAGACUUUCUGGGUGCCAGGAGCCCCCUGCACCUCGCUGCAUACCACGGCCAUGCACAGGCUCUGGAGGUGUUGCUGCAAGGGGAGAGGGAGGUAGACCAGGGGGACGAGGAAGGUCGUACUCCCCUGGCUCUAGCGGCCCUCAGGGGCCACACUGACUGCGUCCACACCCUUCUCAGCCAGGGGGCUUUGCCACGCACCACGGACACCAACAGGGGACGCACCCCGGUACACCUAGCAGUGAUGAAUGGUCAUACGUCGUGUGUACGCCUCCUUCUGGACGACCAGGAUAGUGCAGACCUGGUGGACACUACAGACUCUCAGGGACAGACUCCUCUGAUGCUUGCGGUGGCAGGGGGACAUGUGGAUGCUGUGUCUCUGCUGCUGGAGAGAGAGGCUGCUGUAGAUACAGCAGACAACCAUGGCCUGACCGCCCUGCACCUCGGGUUGCUAUGUGGUCAGGAGGAGUGUGUUCAGUGUCUGUUGGAGCAGGAGGCCUCUGUGUUGCUGGGGGACUCCAGGGGCCGAACAGCCCUCCAUCUGGCUGCAGCAAAGGGCCACGCAUCCUGGCUCGCUGAGCUGCUGAGUAUGGCCUGUUCUGAACUGCCCACGCCCCCCUUCCGAGACCACCAGGGGUACACCCCCCUGCACUGGGCCUGCUACUAUGGUCACGAGGGCUGUGUGGAGGUACUGCUGGAGCAGAAAGGUUGUCCCUUUAUCGAUGGGAACCCCUUCACUCCUCUGCACUGUGCUGUGGUGAAUGAUCAUGAACCCUGUGCCUCACUACUGCUGGAAGCCAUGGGAUCUGACAUGGCCAGCUGUAAGGACGCUAAGGAUCGGACUCCACUCCAUGCUGCAGCGUUCUCUGGUCAUGUGGACUGUGUUCAGCUGCUUCUGGCCCAUGAUGCACCUGUGGAUGCUGUGGACCAAUCAGGGCGCAGUGCGCUGAUGAUGGCUGCAGAGAAGGGAAGAGUCGGGACUGUAGAGGUGCUGCUGACCAGUGCCAACGCCAGCCUGAGGUUGGUGGACCAGAAUGGUAACACCGCGCUCCACCUGGCCUGCAGUAGCGGAAAGGAGGACUGUGUACUAUUCAUCCUGGAGAGGCUGAAGGACACUGUUCUCAUAGGUUCCACCAACGCAGCACUGCAGACGCCCCUCCACCUAGCGGCCCAUAGCGGUCUGAAGCAGGCUGUCCAGGAGCUGCUGUCCAGGGGGGCCAGUGUUCAGACGUUGGAUGAGAACACUCCGGUGCGCCCUCCCCAGGUUCCCUCCUGAGAGCCCUACCCAGGAAGGGGAAAAGCUCCCAUGGACCUCGCAGCCCCAAGGCCCCCUCGGACCCCUCUAGCGAGGGCAGUGCCAGUCAGAGCGCCACUGAAAACGACUCGGACUCAGAAACCUUUUGACCCCUAUGACCUAUGACCCUGACUCUUAUCAGACUACCUGGAUGCCUGAAGAUCAGCACUCUCCCACCACCCGACCUCUCCUGAUUCCUUGCUCGUGUCCCAGAGCAGAACCUCUCCGUGGGGCUUGUACGGGACUUUGUUCCCCCUAAAGGCUAGAGGGAUGGAGCUUGACCCCUAACCUGUGAUUCUGUCUGCUGGUGCUUAUUUUCCAGAUCACUCUUGGUACUGCGUCUCAGCUUGGCGAUCAAUGACAGGCUGAUACCUUUUUUAUUUUUUCUUAUGAAAAGAGACCCAAGGAUGAAGAAAAGUAGAAUUGUAACCUUUUCUCUUUUGGUUGGUUGAUGUACCAAAUAUUGACUUAACAUAAGUAUUUAUGUUGAUGUUUGUGUCUGGGUAGCCUAGGUAUGCAUUGAAAGGUACGCCCUGCUCUGUCUAUCUGCCCAGUGAUGUGAGUAUAGCACAAACCAACUGAAGCACAAUUCCAGAAUUCACUCCUAAGCUUAUUAUAGAGAAACAGGGUAGAAUGCUUUCCUCUAGUUACAGUGUAUUUAUAGUCAGAGUAUCGUCUUUAUGCAAAGAAGUGGCAUCAUUUUCAACCUCGUGUUCCCACACCAAUAGAAAUAUGACAUUGGGCACUGAGUUGUUCCUGAUCCUGUCACGUGGUCAGUUAGGAAACUUCUGUCCCUCGUGUUCCAGGUCCAUAGCGUUUCAGUAAAUGACAUGCCCAGAUACAGUUAUGUCAGAUCAGGUCUCCAGUGAAAAGGUUGACACCUGUACAGUAUUUAUUCACAUUUAUAUUAUGGUACAAAGGACCGCAGGACCUUGAUCACUCUUCAUUUCCUCUAACCCUCCCUCCAUCCUCGUUUACCAUCUGUUGGCUACCUACCUGCAAUGUGCCAGUCUCUUAAACGUUUCCAGUGCCUUGUUACACCUUUUAUAUACUUUAAAAUUUAAAUUCUCCCAAAAAAGUUUAUCCCCUAACGCAGGGUUCUCCAACCCUGUUCCUGGAGAGCCACUGUCCUGUAAGUUUUUCACUCCAACCCUGUUCCUGGAGAGCCACUGUCCUGUAGGUUCACUCCAACCCAGUUCCUGGAGAGCCACUGUCCUGUAGGUUCACUCCAACCCUGUUCCUGGAGGGCCACUGUCCUGUAAGUUUUUCACUCCAACCCUGUUCCUGGAGAGCCACUGUCCUGUAGGUUUUUCACUCCAACCCUGUUCCUGGAGAGCCACUGUCCUGUAGGUUUUUCACUCCAACCCUGUUCCUGGAGAGCCACUGUCCUGUAGGUUCACUCCAACCCUGUUCCUGGAGAGCCACUGUCCUGUAGGUUUUUCACUCCAACCCUGUUCCUGGAGAGCCACUGUCCUGUAGGUUCACUCCAACCCUGUUCCUGGAGAGCCACUGUCCUGUAGGUUCACUCCAACCCUGUUCCUGGAGAGCCACUGUCCUGUAGGUUUUUCACUCCAACCCUGUUCCUGGAGAGCCACUGUCCUGUAGGUUCACUCCAACCCUGUUCCUGGAGAGCCACUGUCCUGUAGGUUCACUCCAACCCUGUUCCUGAAGAGCCACUGUCCUGUAGGUUCACUCCAACCCUGUUCCCGGAGAGCCACUGUCCUGUAGGUUCACUCCAACCCUGUUCCCGGAGAGCCACUGUCCUGUAGGUUCACUCCAACCCUGUUCCCGGAGAGCCACUGUCCUGUAGGUUCACUCCAACCCUGUUCCUGGAGAGCCACUGUCCUGUAGGUUCACUCCAACCCUGUUCCCGGAGAGCCACUGUCCUGUAGGUUCACUCCAACCCUGUUCCUGGAGAGCCACUGUCCUGUAGGUUCACUCCAACCCUGUUCCUGGAGAGCCACUGUCCUGUAGGUUCACUCCAACCCUGUUCCUGGAGAGCCACUGUCCUGUAGGUUCACUCCAACACUGUUCCCGGAGAGCCACUGUCCUGUAGGUUCACUCCAACCCUGUUCCUGGAGAGCCACUGUCCUGUAGGUUUUUCACUCCAACCCUGUUCCCGGAGAGCCACUGUCCUGUAGGUUCACUCCAACCCUGUUCCUGGAGAGCCACUGUCCUGUAGGUUUUCACUCCAAGCUUAAUCAAGCACACCUUAUUCUAAUAAUUAGCUGGUUGAUAAACUGAAUCAGGUUAGUUUCAAUUGGGGUUAGAGUGAAAACCUACAGGAGGGUAGCUCUCCAGGAACAGGGUUGGAGUGAAAACCUACAGGAGGGUAGCUCUCCAGGAACAGGCUUGGACAGCCCUGCUCUAAUGAGUAUCCUGUCACUUCUAACCCUGAAAAAGAAACUCAGUUAUGGUCAGGCAUGCCUGUGUGUAUAUAUAUAUGCCUGCUACAAGAUGUAUGACGAAAGGAAGUUGGUUUCUGCUUUUGUACAUACCGUGUCAUUGUAAUAACUCUACCCCAGAGCACACAAAUAAAGCACAAUGCCUCCGUUUCUAAAUGCUUGUCGUUGGAACUAAGAAACGGGGAGUUUCAGUUCUGUCCCAAAUGGCAAGCUAUUACCUACAUAGUGCACUACUUUUGACCAGAACCCUAGGGGCCCUGCUCAAAAGUCAUGCACUAUAGGGAAUAGGGUGGCAUUUGAAAUGCAGAUGGUCUGUCCGUAUUACGUCAGUCGUGACAAUCGUAUCACUGUGUUUGAUUGAUUUUCAUACCAGUUCCUGAUUCAGUAUGAAAUGCUGAAAGUUGUUUGUCAGCUUCCCUUUGUUUUAUAUGAAUUGUACAAUUCUAUAAAAAUCUGUUUUAAUUUA